AUGGUUGUUCUCGUGUCAUCAUCACCAUCAUCAGCUGGACUUUACACAUUAAACAGCAUCAGGACGUUUUUUAUAGUAGCUUUACUAUUGGCAAAUACCUGGUCUCUAAUAUGUGCUACUGAACAAAUUAACACAGACUGGACAUCGCCACCAAAAACAGUUUGGGCAUCGAAAAGAGACACUAGCAGUCUGUAUAAUGAUAAAACUUAUACACUCAAAGUUGUGCUUGUUGAAAGGGUUAACAACAUGUGUGCCGGUGCUAAUAAAAACACUAGUAAUUUCAGCGCAAGUCCCUGUCUUAACAAUACCAGUGACAAUGCUACAGGAGCUCUUACGUCCCUUCCAAAACAUCUUUAUUUUAGUGACGACAACAUAGUAUCUGUGGCAGCCUAUUCCUGUCUUUUCGUCGUAGCUGCCUGUGGAAAUCUAACAGUCUUUAUUACAUUAUUUCGAAACAGAAGCACUAAGUCUAGAAUCAACUUGUUUAUCAUGCACCUGGCUAUAGCUGACCUUAUUGUAACGUUUGUCAUGCUGCCGUUAGAGAUAGCGUGGAACGCCACCGUUGCCUGGUUGGCCGGCGACAUUGCCUGCAGACUUUUGACAUUCUUCAGAGCAAUAGGUUUUUACCUGUCCUCCUUCAUCCUUGUGUCCAUCAGUCUGGAUCGUUACUUCGCCAUCAUGAGACCAUUGUCCAUUACUGACGCUGAUGCCAGGGCAAGAAUGAUGUUGAUGGUGUCUUGGUCGUUAUCCAUCAUUGCAAGCAUUCCCCAGCUUGUUUGUUCGAACUAUCCUAGCAGGUACAGUUUCCUGAUUCAAGCUUAUUGUUUCCAUGCCAGACUGUUGACGACCAUAUAUGCUGUCAACUGUCAUUGUUCGUCAGGAAAGCGGACUCUUUUCUUGAACAUCCUCUGCCCACGUACCUUUGGAAACAUUGGUACCACACCUGUCUGUAUUUUCAUGCCUAGGAUGUCUUCAGUACCACCUACAUGA